AGAUAAUUUGACAUUGACUCACAAGUCGACAGUCGUUUAACAUACGGUUGCAGAUACGGUUACAAAUUUCUGACUUUGACAUAUAAUCAUGACAGUAUAUGACAUCUUGUGUAACUUCGCAGAGAUGUUAUUACUCAUUUUAAAAAUUGUAUAUUGUAUUUGCGAGAGUGCAUACAAAUUGAUUGUUCCGACGAAGAAAAAGAGUGUAAUUGAUGAAAUCGUUUUGAUAACAGGCGCAGGUCACGGUAUCGGAAGAGAAUUGGCGAUUGGCUAUGCUUCGUUAGGAGCAACAGUGAUAUGUUGGGAUAUCGAUGAAAAAACUAACAAUCAGACAAUGAACGAUAUUAAAAAAAUGGGAAUAAAGUCUGUAUAUGCGUAUCGAUGUAAUGUAACAGAUAGAGAAGAAGUUUUUAGGGUAGCUGAAAAAGUAAAAGAAGAAGUAGGCGACGUUACUAUUUUGAUCAAUAACGCCGGUAUAUUGUUUAUUAAAUCAUUACUAAAUCAGAGACCCGAUGAAAUUACACGAGCCAUAGAUGUUAAUGUAACAGCGCAUUAUUGGAUAUUAACAGCAUUUUUACCAAGUAUGAUGAAAAAGAAUCAUGGUCAUGUUGUUGCUCUCUCAUCGAUAGCAGGACUGAUUGGCAUUCCUUAUGGGACGGUUUACUGCCCUACAAAAUUUGCAGUCAAAGCACUAAUGGAAACUGUAUCUGAGGAACUACGUGUACUGAGUAAUGGAAAGUCUGCUAUAAAAUUCACGACUAUAUAUCCAUUUUUUGUACAUACCGGAAUGGUUGAAAACGUAAAAAUAAGAUUUCCAAGAAUAAUAAAAGAAUUAUCAUCGCAGAAAGUGGCUUCAUCAAUAAUUGACGCGCAAAGAAGAAAUUACAAAAACAAAAGCAUACCUUCCUAUUGGCUGCCCAUGUCUAAAAUAGGAAGACUUUUACCCGACAAAGCAUUGAAGUACAUAAUAGACUUCAUUAAUGUAAGAAUGUAUCCUGAAGAACCUAUAUAAUAUCAACCUAAGAUGAUAUUAUAGAAUCAGGGUUGCGUAAAUUAAUUAAUUGCGUAUUUUUUUAACUUUUAAGUUAUGAAAAGUUAAUGGUUUAUUUUGACGUAACUAAAAUUAAUUUAGUUACGUCAAAAGUUACAUGGACAAAAAACUAACCAGUAAAAGUUAAGGGAAAUGUAAACUUAAGUUAAAUUUAAAGUUAAUUUCGAAAAAUUCAUUAUUCAUAUUAAAUUAGAAAUUCGUAUUUUUUAAAGUUGUACUACUGAAACGAUUAUAACAUAAAUCAUCAAACAAACUUAAUAUUUUAUUUGUAAAUUAAGUUUAUAUAAAGUAACAAAGAAAUUGUGUAUCAUAUUCAAAACUUGAGAUCUCAAUAAACACAUAUAAAGAUUUCAUC